AUCGAAAUAUCUCGUCAAUCGUCGGUCUCCUUCGCCCUUGAAAUCGUUGCUUUUUCCCCCCUCUUCCUCUCCCAACAGCCCAAAAUCCCCAAAUCCCCUAUCUCUUCCCUCCCAACAGCCCGUGAAAUCGAUUCCCUUUCUUCCUCUCCGUCUCUUCACUCCGUUUCCUCUCCGUUUUUUUCGCCAAGCUAUUACGAUCCCUUUGCCGUGAGUCACCAGUUCAUCUUCGUCCGCCGUGAGGCACCAGUUCAAGUUGCUGCCGUGUGUUUCAGCUUCACGGACCUCCAUCACCUCCAUAGGCGCACUGUCAAAUCUCCGCUCCGACCGUUCUCUAUCUCCUUAAUUGUUUUUGUACUAGCCUGGGAGCCCCAAAAUGGACAACAUGGUAGAUUCUCUGAACAAUGCAUAUCAGGAGUUUGUUGUUGCAGCAGCUAAUGUACUUGAAGCCAAGGAGGUUUCUGGUGCCCAGAAAACAGCAGCCACAGAUGCUGCUCUAGAAAAUUUUAAGCAGAGGUGGGAGUUGUUCAGAGUGGCUUGUGACCAAGCGGAGGAGUUUGUGGAGUCUGUGAAGCAAAGGAUAGGAUCAGAGUGCCUUGUGGAUGAAGCAACUGGCUCACUGGCUGGGAAGCCUGGGCAAGCUGCUACUACUGGUCUUCCACCCAUUAGUGCAGUCCGGUUGGAACAGAUGAGUAAGGCUGUCCGAUGGCUUGUGAUUGAACUACAGCAUGGUUCUGGAACUGGUGCUUCCCAUUCCCAUCCUCCUGCUCCUUUUGAUGCUAGGUUCUCUGAAGAUGCAGCUCAAUAGAGAGUGCUGGGGAAAUACACACUAUCAAAGCACAUGGGGGAAGCAUGGCCUGGGGAUUUUAUUUUUCGAUGAUCUGUUCUGCAAAGACUGAGGAUACAAGGGUGCACCAUUAAGGCUCUUUUAUAUACAGUUGCCGACAAUUUUAUCGUAGAGCUGCAUACUGUGGGCAAGACUAACAAUCUUGUGGAAAUGACAAGUUCACAUAUGCGUGGGGAGUCUUUAUUUUCUAUGGAAUUUUAACCCUGCCUUCCGAUUUAAUGUGUUUUGGUGUGUAACAUUUCAUCUGUAAUUUGUGGUUAUGCUAGCAAGUAAAAUAAUACUGGAUUGUUCAAUUUGUGGUUUUGUGUACCUUUUGUUUUGGGUUCAUUAAAGUUAUUUAAUCUAUUUAUUAACUAAGGGGUUUGGAUU